CUGCUCCCUGCUGGGAACUGCCCCUCCCUCUAGUCCCACCGUCCCCGCGGUGCUCUAGGCCGCCUCUCGGCGCUGUCCUCAUCCCCUCGGGCCUCGUAGUCCCCGACUGCGCCCCCACUCCUUGCCCUUCCCAAACCCUCGCCUCUCUCCGCGCUGUCCCUCUUUCGGCCCCUCCCCACAGACCUCGGUCUCUGGUUCCUGUCUCCAAUCCUUUCCCGCCCCCUCCCUCCUGCUACCUCCAUCCCCUCCUCCUGUCGGGACGCCUGUCCUCCCCAGUCGGCUCGGGUCACUCGGAACCCAUAUCCGUGCCGCUAUCUCCGCGUCCGGCCGCCUCCCAGCCCGUCCCAUCCCACAGGUGUCCGCACGUCCGGCCAUCCAUCCGUCAGUCCCUCCUGGGGCCGGCACUGACCAUGCCCAGCGGCUGCCGCUGCCUACAUCUCGUGUGCCUGUUGUGCAUCCUGGGGCCACCCGGUCAGCCUGCCCGAGCGGAUGACUGCAGCUCCCACUGUGAUCUGGCCCACGGCUGCUGCGCGCCUGACGGCUCCUGCAGGUGUGACCCGGGCUGGGAGGGGCUGCACUGCGAGCGCUGUGUGAGGAUGCCUGGCUGCCAGCACGGAACCUGCCACCAGCCCUGGCAGUGCAUCUGCCACAGUGGCUGGGCGGGGAAGUUCUGUGACAAAGAUGAGCACAUCUGUACCACACAGUCCCCCUGCCAGAACGGAGGCCAGUGCAUGUAUGACGGGGGCGGUGAGUACCACUGUGUGUGCCCACCAGGUUUCCACGGGCACGACUGUGAGCGCAAGGCUGGGCCCUGUGAGCAGGCAGGCUCCCCAUGCCAGAAUGGCGGGCAGUGCCAGGACAACCAGGGCUUUGCCCUGAACUUCACAUGCCGCUGCUUGGCAGGAUUUGUUGGUGCCCGCUGUGAGGUGAAUGUUGAUGACUGCCUGAUGAGGCCUUGUGCAAACGGCGCCACCUGCCUUGAUGGCAUAAACCGCUUCUCCUGCCUCUGUCCUGAGGGCUUUGCUGGACGCUUCUGCACCAUCAACCUGGAUGAUUGUGCCAGCCACCCAUGCCAGAGAGGGGCCCGAUGUCGGGACCGCGUCCAUGACUUUGACUGUCUCUGCCCCAGUGGCUAUGGCGGCAAGACUUGUGAGCUUGUCUUACCAGUUCCAGACCCUUUCACCACGGCGGACCUUCCCCUGGGUCCCACCUCAGCUGUGGUGGUACCCACCACGGGGCCAGUUCCCCAUAGUGCAGGGGCCGGUUUACUUCGGAUCUCCGUGAAGGAGGUGGUGCGGAGACAAGAGGCGGCGCUGGCGGAGUCUAGCCUGGUGGCCGUGGUGGUAUUUGGGGCUCUCACUGCUGCCCUGGUCCUGGCCACUGGAUUGCUGACCCUGAGGGCCUGGCGCCGGGGUGUCCGCCCCCCUGGACCCUGUUGCUACCCCAUUCCACACUAUGCCCCAGCACGCCAGGACCAGGAGUGUCAGGUUAGCAUGCUGCCAGCUGGGCUUCCCCUGCCACCUGACUUGCCCGGUGAGCCCGGAAAGACUACAGCACUGUGA